CAAAAUUUCAAACUUUCACUCUUUCAGAGAUUGAGUAAAUCUGCUCGAGUCGUGACUCUAAUCUGACUCCGCACACGCACAAUGGACCCAAUGGAACCUGGUGACGAUUUUGACGAAGAGAUGAUGGACCAGGGGGAGGAGGAAGGCGAGGAUGACGAAGAAGAGGAGGACGACGAAGAAGAAGAGGAGGAGAAGGACGAAGAGGAAGAAGAAGCCGAAGAAGAGCCACCUUACGACGGUCCUGACUUCCGCAUAGCUUGGUUGAAAAAGACCGUGUCCAUCUUUCUCAAAGAACACGACCAAGAGCUCAUGGAAGAAUGUCUUCUUAAACCACGGGUUGAAGAAGGCGUCCAAAACUUUCUCUCCACCGACUUAUCCGAAUUCGGGACGGACGAAAGUGCCAAACUCAGAACGACGUACUUUGUCAAACUUCAAGUCGAGGAGGAGGUCCGGCACGAGGAAGAGUGGGAAGAAGAGGAGGAGAAAGUUGAAGAGAUGAGCACCACGUUUGGAGAAAGUACCCCCGAACUAGAAAAGUCCACCAAGAAGAAGAAGAAAGGUGGCAAAGGUGGCAAAGGUGGGAAAAAAGGCAAAAAGAAGAAAGGUGCUGCUAGUGACUCCUCGAAAUCAAAGUCGGAUUCAACGGGGGCCAAGAAGCCAAAAAAAGAGAAGAAGAAGAAGGAAAAGAAGGAGAAAAAAGAGGGCGACGAUAGUGCCAAAUCCACAUCGAAAUCCAGCUCGAAAAAGUCAAAGGGCAAAGGCAAAGGGAAAGGUGGCAAGGGGAAGAAAGGCAAGAUGAAGAAAAAGGCGAAACCGGAAGAGGAAGUGACCACGGAGGAGCCUGUCACUUAUCCCUGGGACACGGAAGACACUGAUCUUGACGUCGAGUCACUUCCGGAGGAUAUCAACCGUUACUACUUUGAAUUCGUCCCCACCGUGAUUCCCCCAAAUUUGGGAAAACUUAACCCUCGAUCAAUGUAUUUUGUGAGGAUGUCCAGGGUGCCGAUUCCUGUAAUGAAGUCGUUGGAAGAGGCGGAACGAGAAAUGCCAAAACAUUUGAUGUACGGCAUUAUGCAUGGGUAUCAACUGCGUCCCAUUCAAGCACUUUUGUCCAAGAUCUUCGGACCUCUCAUAUUCGAUAGCGAGCUGAGCCCACCUUCGCAUCUGUUUUCUCAAGCCAAAAUGGAUAUGCAGCCGCUCGGCGAGUCACAAAAGUCGCAAUUGAGAGAUGAAUUGGGAAUUGAACUUCAAAAGUUCCUCAGCUCGCUUUCCAGGGCGAUUGCUCAAAUUGAAGGCGAAAUUAAAAUUCGAAUCCCUGCCAUCCCUGAACUGGAAGUGGCUCAUCCUAAUAUUGCUCAAUUGGCUAAAAAUAAGAAUUUGGUCCAAACUUUAGAACAACUUUGUUCCGAAUGGGAGCAGAGAAUUAGCCAAAUUUUGAAACAAGAACUGCCAACGAAACCUACUUCAUUUACACCGCUUGCAGAACUGGAAUUUUGGCGUGAUCGGUACUCCAUGCUUUGCGCCAUACAGGACCAACUUCAAUCUAGAGAUGUCCGCGUUGCCUGCCAAGUUUUGCACGCUGCAAAUUCCGACAUAAUUCCAGGCUAUGAAUACCAGCUGCAAGAACUGGUCAAAUGUCUCCAAGAAUCCAGGGACAUAAGCCGAUUCCUCCCCACGAUUGAACGUCACUUGAAGACUUUGACAUAUUCCAAGAGCUUUAUCGACAUGGCGGACGCCAUUCCACAUAUCAUGGACGGCCUGCAGUUGGUCUGGACCCUGUCAAGACAUUACAACAAGGACGACAGGAUGUGCAGAUUGUUGGAAAUGAUUGCAAAGCUACUUUACGACAGGACAACGACGGCAUUGCAUCCCACCAGCUUGUUUAAACUGGAUCCACUCUCCGCCCUUGAUGUAUCCGACACUGCCCGGAAUUUACUCCAAGCUUGGAAGGAUUGUUAUCUUCACACGAGAGAAAAGAUUGAACAGUCUCGAAAAGGAGCGAGAUGGGAAUUUGACAGGACAAAAUUGUUCCCCAAAACGGACUAUGUCAUCCUUGUUUCUCAACACUUGAGCGAGAUGGCAAUUCUUCUCAUGGAAUUUCAAAACUUUUUUGGCCCUGAAAUUAAGGCUGUGGUCGGAGAUCCGAAAAAGAUUGAGGAAGCAUUAAAGAAAACUAGUCAACUUAUCAAACCAUUCUUAGAAAUCAAGUUUGAUCCCUUUCUCGCCGCAAAUCAACGUCUGUGGGGCGCACUUUUGGAACAGUUGCGAAAAGAUGUCCAAGUAUUGGAGCUGGAAGCAAAGAAUUUGAUUGAUGAAGCAUUCGUGACCAAGUCAGCCGAUGCAGCGUUUGAAAUGCUGAUGAAAUUUAAAUACAUUGAAACGAGGGAAGGGAUACAUCAAAAGCUCAUGAAAAAAUUCGACGAAACUUUAAUGAUUUAUAUAAACGAGGUCCAAAAUGUGCGACGAUUUUAUGAAACGAAUAAGGAUAAUCCCCCGAUAAGUCGGUAUCAUCCCCCCGUCGCGGGUAGAAUUUGGUGGGUCCGUGCACUAUUUUACUGUAUCAAAAAGUCCAUCGUGAAUUUCAGAACGCAGAAGGAUGUCGUCAAAACAGAUAUGGGACAACAGGCCUGUAAUGAUUACUUGGCUCUUGCCCGUGACAUGAAAUCUUACGAAGAUUGGUGGUACCACAAUUGGUGCGACGUUUCUGCCCAAACAAUUAAUAUCUGCCUUCGAGCAACCGUGUUUAUUAAGCAACCUGCUUCACACGAAUUGGGACCGGACCCCGAACAAAAUGCGGACAAAAUGGUCAUAAAAAUUAAUGUCCCACCCGAAAUUUUGGAAAUGAUUCAGGAAGCGAUUCACCUGGAACAAAUGGGGUACCGUGUUAGUGAAAAGAUUCGAAAUGUCGCCCUUCUGAGAGAGACACUCAUUUACAAUUCACGAAUGCUGGCCCACGUGCUGGAAAAUUAUUACUCUAUUCGGAGACGGAUUCGAUCUCAUGAAGCCGAAUUCAUGGAAAGAGCGAUUCGCGACCUGGAGAAAAAUUUUGACCAGGGUUUGGCACAUUUAAAAUGGACAGCUCUUGGAAUUAUGGAUUAUGCAAGUCAUCUUGCCGCAGUGGUGCAAAAGUUUGAAGGCGUCGUUGGCCAGAUCAACUUUGUGUCUAAAGAUCUCAGAGUUAGGAUUUUGGAAAUGAGAACGAUUCGAGUGUAUAAAGAACCUCCGUACAAAAAGAAUCAAGCUUUAGAAAUUUUGGAAUGUUGGGAUUUCUUCAAAUUCUGGGAAAAUUAUCGGACCGCUUCCUGGGAUAAAUUACUUUCGCUGUAUCAAGGACUUGCUCCUCACUUUAUAAAAUUGGAAGACAUAACGUACGGAAAGACGACUGGAAAACACAAAAGGCUUCGCUCAUACUACAUGCACUGGGAAAAAUGCAUGUUCAAAUAUUUGUCAAAAGUUGUGAUUCGAAGUCUGAACGAUUUUGAGAUGCGGAUGACCACAGAAGAACCACUUUUUGUGAUUGACGCUGUCCUGGCUACACCAGAGAUUCGGAUCACUCCAAGUGCUCAUGAAAUUUUUCAGUUUUUAGCUGCUGCUGCGAGAGAUUGUGUUGAAGGAACAAAGAAAUUCGUUCGAUGGAGGCGUGGGUCCUGUAUUCCUGUGACCCCAAUAAAUCAAGCAGAGGGUGAUCCGUUCGUGUACAGUUUUUAUACGGACAUCGGACGACUUCCUCGAAUUCUUCAACUUCUCUUACAAAUUCAAGAAAAUCUUCAAACUAUUUUGAAAAAUUUGUGGCAAUACCUGAAAAAGUAUCGUGAGUUUAAAAAUCUAUGGCUUUACAACAAAGAGAAAACUAUUAAGACGUUCGCUUCGAAAAAUCCAUCCGUUAAAUCGUUCAAUGACAAGAUGGCAUUUUAUACGGAUAUCUAUAAUCGAGUCCUGGACGUUCCAACUUUUCGAGUUGAAGGAUGUGUAAAAUUGAAUGUCCGACCACUUCAAAUUUCAAUUAGCAAGUAUGCUCGCGAAUGGGUGCUAAUGUUGGGAGAGUAUCUUCACAAUAGUUGUCGAGACCUGAGCAAAGAUUUUAAUCGGAGAGUUUCGGAACUUGAAGUCGAACUGCGUCAUCCAGCUCGGUUAGCAGAGGAGGCGAAAAGAUUGCUAGCGUCAGUCGCUUCAGUUCAGCCAUCAAUGAUUGAUAUGGAAGUUCGAUAUCGAGAUUUAUUAGAGAGAUACGCUGUUCUAAGAGCUUAUUCCAUCGAGUUUUCGGAAGACGAGGUCAAAGCUGUCGAAGUCAUUUGGAAACGAUGGUUGACUUUAUCAUUACAUGAAAUUAAAGCGGUCAAAAAGAAGGCAGAGUCUUUGAAAAAACGGUACAAGUUGUAA